AUGCUACCUACAGGAAGGGGUUUGGAAAGAACACCGAUCACCGCACCGGCACCUGAACCUGUGACAAUGCUGCCCCCCGAAAUCGCUACUCCAAGAGUCAAUAAGCUGCAUAGACUGGCACCCAGCCGAGCUGGACGGUCCAAUCUUAAGGACCACACCGAGGAACCCCCCGAAAUCCGGCUACUGCGCAUGCAGGAGCAGUUCCAACAGGUAAUGGAAUUUGCUCUGCACAGAAUUGCCAGCACCUUCGACCGUUCGUUUUCAUCGAGCGAUCGAAGGGAGGGUUUGUUUCGUUCUCCCCCGGGCUACAACAGAGAGCGCCCUAGGGAAUGGUUAAUGCAAAUUAAUCAGUACCAGAAUGCCCUACAAAUGGACGAAGAGGCGAGACUCGCUGAUAUGGUCUCAUUUCUAACAGGAAGAGCGUUGGCGCACUAUUGUACAACAAAGAGAAGGGCACCAGAACUGAUGCCGACGACCUGGGAACAACUUGAAGGUUUCAUUAUGCAAAGGUUUGGCACGACGCCCGUGGUGACGACUAUUCGCAAACUCAAAGAGAUCGAAUACAACGGCAACUUCGAAGAGGUAGUGGAAAGGUUUUCCAGUGUGCUGGCGGAAGGGGUAAAACCGCCAAAAGAGACUCUUAAAGAGUCGUUCUUCUCAAGACUCCGCUAUGACAUGGUAAAGAGGGUGCUGAAACAUGAGUUUGCUUCUUGGCUAGAUACCGGGGAGCAGAUGCUAGCCAUGAGGGCCCUUGUCGCAAACCGAGUAGCUACUUGGUACGAGUAUACGACUGAAAACUUCAGACAAGAAGUGAAGGGACGUGACAAGCUGAUCAGAGAAGGCUGGGUACUGAAUAGCAAACAGGAUAAGAGGCAAACCCACGUCAAGGGAUGGAACUCAGAACAAACGAUGCAGGAAACCAACGAAGGGGGCACAGAAAAGCAGAGGGGUACACAUUACCAAAGGGACACUAAACAGGCCAGGGAAAGAGAAAAGGGGGCACAGGUGCAAUGCUACUCUUGCAGUGGGCCAACGAAAAGCGAACAGCAGAGGGCUGAGAGGCUUGUGGCUCAUGAAAGCCUUUGCUGCACUGAGGAAAACACCCCACACAAUGCUGAGUCUAAAGAUAGCAUUCGUACUAAACGAGAUCGGACGUCCAAGCAAGAGGGGCAGCUGAGAGAGCGGGUGAUUCAACAUGAGGCAGUGCGCAUGCAAAUCGGGUUGAAAGACCCUCAGAAGAGCGCUGAAGCUGAGAACGUGAAGGCAUUUGAGGGAUGGCAUAGUGCAAAACCAAAGGGCUUGCCGAUAAGGGCGAGAAGUUCUGACGUGGAACAGCAACAAGCGCCCAAGGAUGAGGCGCUGAGUGAUAGCUACUCGAAAGGUACACAAAUAAUGUGCUCAGAGUAUAGCAAUGGUGCCCAGAAUAGGGGCCAUUGGCUGGGCGCUGAAAUUGACCUAGUCACGCAAAGUCUUGGUAAUAAAUUCAAUAGGACUCAGCUGGGGCCCAGGCAACAAGCAGAAGCAGAGGCAGAACACGCACAAUCUGCAAGGGGGCCAGAUACACAAGAUGUACAAUUCAUCAACUGCAGACAGCUGAAAGGCCCUGAGACAGAAGGCGAAUUGGGGCUACACGCAUUAGAGCGGUGGCCUGAGACAGACGGCAAAGUGGGGUUGCAUGCAUUAGAGCGGUGGCCUCUAGAUCAUUCGAAGGAAAUAGGGGGGCAGACAGCUCUUAUCAAUUAUGGUAGAGGUCUGGAACGUCGGAUAAAGAGAGCCCGAUUCCCAAUUGGCUAG